CCAAUCCCAUCUUCCUCCUCUCUCUCCCCAGCUUUCCUUUCCAUUGCUGUGGCCGGCGGGGGCCACCGUCGCCUUGGCGUUUCCCUCUCAAGGUUGGUGCCACUUCCCUAACGUACCUCCUAUCGGACCAACGAAACUAAUCCCACUACUAGCCUAGUACUAGCUAGCUAGCUUGGCCGCAGCUGGGGCUGUGCCUGUGUGUGGAGCUCCAUCGAUGGAUCGAUCGACCGGUCAGUGGCUAUAUAUAACCACCCCCCGUCCGUUGCCAUUGUUUCCUUGUACCCCGUCACCGGCAACAACUUCAUUCCCCACGACUCGACUCCAUCGUCUCCCUCCUGCUCCCUCCUCCUUCGAUCCAUCUCCUUCAGUUCCAGUUUCGUUUCAUCAAUGGUGGCUAGUUGUAGGCUGUAGCUCCCUAUUGUUGGAGCAUUGCACUCCGGCUACAGCAGUGUCUUCUUUACCCUCCUGUUCCUGGUCGAUCCAUCGAUCUCCUUAACGGACCGAGUAGAGCACACCACACACGCAAAGGAAGGGAUCAUGAGCAUCUCCGUGAACGGGCAGUCGGUGGUGCCGCCGGGGUUCCGUUUCCACCCCACGGAGGAGGAGCUUCUCACCUACUACCUCGCCAAGAAGGUGGCCUCGCAGCGCAUCGACCUCGACGUCAUCCCCGACGUCGACCUCAACAAGCUCGAGCCAUGGGACAUCCAAGAGCGCUGCAGGAUCGGCACUGGCCCGCAGAACGACUGGUACCUGUUCAGCCACAAGGACAAGAAGUACCCCACGGGGACGCGCACCAACCGCGCCACCGCCGCCGGGUUCUGGAAGGCCACCGGCCGGGACAAGGCCAUCUACUCCGCCGCCGGGUCCGGCCGCAUCGGCAUGCGCAAGACGCUCGUCUUCUACAAGGGCCGCGCCCCGCACGGCCACAAGUCGGACUGGAUCAUGCACGAGUACCGCCUCGACGACGCCGUCCCCGCCCCCACCGCCACCAACCCCGCCGCUGCCGGCGACGCCAGCACCUACUACUCCGGCACCUCAUCAUCCCCGAUUCGUGGCGUGGCCGGGGACCAGUCGUCGGCGCAGGAGGACGGAUGGGUCAUCUGCAGGGUGUUCAAGAAGAAGAACAUCGUCGUGAACCAAGGCCAGAACGGCGGCGGCGGCGGAGCGGCGUCCAACAAGCUGGCCGGCGUCGCCCCCAUGGAGCGCAGCCAGAGCAACUGCUCGUCGACGGUGACCACCAUCAGCAACCAUAUCAAGGCGGCGCAGCAGCAGGACCAGCAGCACCAGCUGCUGCACUACUCCGCCAGCGACGACGCGCUCGACCACAUCCUCAACCAUUACAUGCAUGGCCGGUCGCCCACGGCGCCGUGCAAGCAGGAGACCAAGCCUGCCGCUGGCUCGGCGCUGGACCACCUGAUCAACAACACCGCGUGCCCGAACGGGACCCUGUACGAGAGGUUCAUGAAGCUCCCGCCGCUCGAGCACGUCGCCUCCGGCGGCCUCCUGCAGCCGCCGGCAACUGAGUACGGCGGCGGCGGUUCGGGGAACAACAACAUCGGCACAGACUGGGACUCGCUCGACCGGCUCGCGGCCUCGUACGAGCUGAACGGCCUCUCCGACGACGUCGCGUCCGCCAACAAGAACAGCAGCAUGGCGUCCUUCUUCGCGGACGGGCACGGCGGCACCACCGUCGCCGGCGCCGGGGACGGCGACCUGUGGAGCCUGGCGCGGUCGGUGUCGUCCCUCCACGCGGACUUGACGACGAUGAAUUGAAAACGUAUGGCGGUGGUUAAUUAAUCAAUUGUCAAAAGUGUUUUUAGUGCGCGGGACGCACGUCAUGCCGCAUGCAUGCACGUACGCGCACUAGUAGCACUAACUCGGCCGAUCGACCUCUCUACGUACUACAUGCAUGCGUGCGUGCAUGGCCGGUAUUGUACGUACGUACGUACGUGAAUAAUUCCUAGCUAGGGAGGAGACAAUCAAAGCGACGUGAGAGUGAGACUCAAGAGACCGGAGCUGAUCUUGACGUGAAGGGUCAAAUUAUAGAAUUGAGAGAGGACCGCGUGUGGUAGGAGAGCAGAGUAAAUAUAUGUGGGAUAUAUGUAUUGUUAAUUAAUCAUCACAGUGUACCUAUAGCUUAUAUACAUGGUAUAUACUAUGAAAGCCUUUUCAAUCAA